AUGUGGGCUCCUCAACUUCUCUUCCUGUCUAUUUCUGCGCUGGCCAGCGCUUAUCCAAACCCAGGUCCCUGUACCGGGGACUGUUGGACCCAUGAUCCGGCCAUGAUCCAGCGUGUUUCGGAUGGUACAUACUUCCGUUUUUCAACAGGCUCGGGUGUCAACACGAUGACCUCGCCCUCAAUUGAGGGUCCAUGGAAGGAUGUGGGCGCAGCGCUGCCGAAAGGUUCCGUAAUCAAGCUGGACAAUGUCGAUAGCAUGGACAUUUGGGCUCCGGAUCUCCAUCACUUGGAUGGCACCUACUACAUGUAUUAUGUGUUAUCCCAGCUCGGCACACAGAACUCGCAAAUUGGUGUAGCAACCUCCACAACGUUAGAGCCAGGCUCAUGGACCGAUCACGGCGCAAUUGGCCUUCCUGCAAACAGCGCGUACAAUCGUAUUGACCCUAGCUGGAUCACUAUUGACGGGAAGGAGUACUUGCAAUUCGGAUCCUACUGGAAAGAUCUUUAUCAGGUUGAAUUAGCAACCUCGUUGAAGGUCAGCUCGGCGGUUCCACACCAACUGGCCUAUAAUGCUAGCCUGAAUCACCGCGAAGAGGCCUCUUUCAUCUUCCAGCAUGGUGAUUACUACUACCUCCUAUACAGUGGUGGUAUUGCUGGCUCCUACACAGCGACAAACCCACCUGUAGGCGAGGAAUACCGAAUUCAUAUGUGUCGCUCGACUACCGGAACCGGGGGCUUUGUUGAUAAGUCAGGCGCUUCAUGCCUGAACUCAGGUGGCUCUAUACUACUUGAGAGUCAUGACCAGAUCUAUGCCCCUGGUGGACAGGGUGUCCUCACGGAUAAGGAAUUCGGCCUCUUCUUGUACUACCAGUACUAUCCGCUUGCACUCAAGGAAUCUGGUGGCGAUGGCAACGACGGAUACCGAUAUGGCUGGAACGAGCUGGGCUGGGAGGAUGACUGGCCGUACGUGAAGGAGUCUGGAGCAGUCGUCAAUGCCGGAAUCUUAUAUCACGGAAACGAAGCCGCCCCAGAGGUAGAGGGUUCAGAGCAUGUUGCCACAGCAGAGUUUGGCUCGCACGACGGCUCAUUGGAAAAUGAGGCGUAUGUGAAGAUCACUUGA